GCGCGAACCGCCCGCCGGGAGACGAGGCAGCGCUUCGAAGCAUCCAACACCUCGGCAAAGUCCUUCGGCAGAGCCCGAUCGAUCCCUGGAAGGCGUAACACACGAUGGCGGGCGCUAACGUCAACUUCGUCGAGGCGCUCCAGACAUUAAAAUCCAUGUUCCCCGAGCUGGACACCGUGACCAUCCGCGACGCCCUGGACAGCAAGGGCGGGCACAUGGAAUCCGCUGUGGAGGAGCUGCUACAGCUCUCCAGGCGCCAGCGGGGGAUGGGCGGAGGUAUGGGAGGUCGCGGCGACGGCUACGGCGACGACGACGGGGGAGGCAGGGGCGGAUAUUCGGACGAGCCUCCCCGCCACAGCUCCAUGGGGCGGGGCGGUCAGGGCAGCGGCCAAGGCGACUACUACAGCGCCGUGCCCCCGCCCGAGGAGGAGGGUUCCCUCUGGUCGUGGCUCACCGGCGAGGACGACGAGCCCAGACGCGGCGGGUCCGCCAACUACACGUCCCGCGACGACGAGGACACGUUUACGUGGCUGGCAAACAGCGCCAACUUUUACGCCGGGGAGGUGAGCCGAACGGUCAAGUCCAUGACGGACGCGCUCGCGGAGGAGCUCCUGGGCCCCGCGGAGGAUGAGGAGGGCGACAUCAUCGAGGAGGAGGACGCCUCGAUCCGCGGGAACGGCGAGGUUGUCACCGGCGGCGCCAUCAAGGGCCCGGGGCGGCGGUCCAAGAAGAAGGAGGAGGAGGCUCCCAAGCCCAAGCCCAAGCCCAAGCGGCUGACGGAGGAGGAGGAGGACGACGAGGACGACGUGAUCGGCGGGGUGCUCAACCUGCUGGGGCUGGAGGACGACGAGGAGGAGGAGGUGUACGUCAGGAGGGACAACAAGAAGGACAAGUAGUAGUCGAGUGACUGCCCUUGAGACCAAAAUUUUUUUGGCACCACGUAGCCUGUGUAACAAUUGGAACCGAUUGAACG